AUGAUUCAUAAAUCUGACAAACUCUCUGAUACUCAAAUAUCUAAAAACUUUGAAAGCGAUUUAUCAGAAAAGCAAAAUCAAUUUCUUCAUGACUCCUCAAAUCCGCAAAGUCCAAGCAAGUGUACUUUGGCCUCAAAAAAGUCUCUUUCCAAUCUGCUUUUAUGCACAAAAUGUCUUAACACCUACAAUAAUCAAGAAUUUCUCCCAAAAGUCCUAAUUUGUGGCCACACAAUCUGCAGUCCCUGUUUAUUCUCUUUAAGCUCAAUAAUUUGCCCUUUUUGCCAACAUGCCGACAAAAGAGACCCCACAAAAAUUCCUGAAAAUAUUUACUUGAGAGAGCUGAUAGAAGACUAUGAUCGAAAAAUAAUUGAAAAUUAUGAUCAUAAAAAUUAUUGUAAAGAACACAGCAAAGAAAUAGGAAUUUACUGUGAAAAUGAUGAAAAAUUUUUAUGUUUUGACUGUAUUAUCAAGCAUAAAGGGCAUGAUUUUCUGCCACUAACAGAUCAAAAGUUGUUUGAGAUGGCAGAAACUAAUAGAAAAUUUAUACAGGAUGCCAAAAAUGAGUGCAAAAAUAACAUAGAAAAUGGGGAAAAAGCUAUAAAGGCAAUUGAAGAAGAAGAUUUAAAAAUCGAGAAAUUGGUAGAAGGCCAUGUGCAAAAUUAUAAUGAGAUGAAAAAUGAUUUUAUAGUGGCAAUUAUGAAGGCGACUUCAUAUUGUACUGGAACAAUUGAAAAUUAUUUAGAUAUUCAUGUGAAAAAUCAAAAAGAAGUAGGAUCGUUGAAAUUUUUUGUAGAGAUUUCAUCGAAAAGCCUUCAAGAUGUAGAGAAGAUUGAGAAGGAGUAUGAAAAUAAAACUAUUGUAGAUAAAGUAGCCUGGAAUAGAAAUGAAAUUGAGAAAGUGCCUGAUAUUCCUAGUAUAAAGCUAAAUAAUGAGAUUGUUAGAGAAUUAGAAAAGCCUAGAGAUUAUAGAAGUGAUGUAUUUGAAAUAUUCAAGAAAUUGAUUAAUGUUAUUUAA